AUGGGUGAUUUUCCUGCUGGUUGGUUCUAUAUCGAAUGCCCAAACCGCCAAGGCCAAGUCUUGACAGUGUCAGACAUGUCGAUGCAGCCCUCCGUUAGAGUUGAAUUACGCCCAAAAAAGAUAGGAGGUCAUCCUCAUCAACUGUGGUGUUACCAUCAAGGAUUUCUAGUAAAUAAACACUCAGGCUGUGUGCUAGGUGUUGAAAAGGACAAGACCAAGGAUCAGUGUGUAUUUCAAUCCAAACGCCUUGAUCAAGGCGAAAAGAAGCAAACAUGGCAUUAUGACAAUUCCAAAUUAGUGUUGAGACAUGGGGACGCUGGCUAUGCUCUUAAUGAUUUGCAAGUACCCAAAAUGACUACAGAGGAUGAAGGAUGUGUCUAUUUGCUAAACACUCCGUAUUAA